AUAUUGAGUAUGUGCAAGUCACAGACGCGUGCGGGUUUGACCGACCAAACCCUUGAUGGAAAGUCAUCCGCAAAUCGUGAUUAACCUCCGAGGAGGGGUGUGGGCCUAUCAUUUCGAUUGUUGAAAGUCAUCUAUCAUGAGAAUGAAACUAAGUGAUGAAGGAGGAGGAAACUUUCUAAGGCAUAUCCUGGAAGACGAACCCCACUGGCUAUUACCAUCUAAAGAGAUGAAGUACUGGGUUGGAUGCUGUGUGCACCUUUAUCAACAGUCACUGUACAACGAAUCAACUUCAGAUGAGCAUCGGAUACCAUUGAGUUUGAAACUGUUUCUCCCAGCAAGUUUAUUCUGUUCCAGCGCACCUGUUUUGCACUGUAUUGGCUGCCCAUUUGUCUCACAAUAAUUCAACAUGGUGAAUUCCAGAGUUCGUUUCUUUAACCGUGCAAACUCGUUUGCUGUAGGACAAAUGGAACGUUGGUGAUUUCACUUUCAUCUUUCUUCGCCAACUUUAUCUUGGAGUCAACGCAACGGAGAAUGGAAACUGAUCUCCGGGCUUUAACAAGACGAACGCUUCUUCUCCACUGACAAUCAGGACGGAGAAAUUGGGUGCUAGAAGUAGGAACGCUGUUAUGAGACCCGUUUGUUGCAUUGACAUUAGAAAUAAUGCGAUGAAAAUGCUCCGAAAAUAUCAAGGUUGGGGGAUGGUGCCAAAAAAAACCAGAUAUUUUCCCGAAUGAUGAUAGAGAAGAUGGAGGUGCUACUUCACGCAGCUACGCAUGAUGGAGUAGGGAAAUUUUGUAACGCAGCCGAUACCUAUCCCUGCAGACGAAGAUGGAUUCUUCCGCCCGAAGGACUGGCUAUCCAUCUGUCACCUGGUGAGUAGCAUUUUUCUAUUAAUCUCGCUUCUUUCUUUCUGAUUAGGUGUUUAUGUUACAUUACAUUGUAGUAUGAGAGGCACAUGUAGCUUUUUUAACAAUCUGUACACCGAGAGCUUCUCUCUGCUCCCUCUUUUGGUCGCUCUCGUUCCAAAAAUAUUUUUAUGCGUUUUUUCAUUCAGCUCACUGUCAUACCUGCAAGAUGGCGCUGGUUUCGUAUGCAAAAAGGGGGAAAACGAGCUAUUCAAAAAAAAAAUUGAAAGAAAAAUAUUUUUAGAUAAUAUCCAACAAGAGAUGGCGCAGCAGUCGAGUCGUGAUUAUACAACAAUCGCCUUAAAAAAUCCAAAUAUCCUUAUAGGGGUGUACAGACCCCGAACUUAACGUGGCAUCCGAAUCAUUCCAGAAAAACUUGUUUUUUAUAACCUCUUUAUGACUAUCUAGGAAAAGUUUAUUGCGAUUAAACGAGGAGCGAUUGCAAGCAAAGCGUAAGAAUUCAGGUUGGAUGACCCGGAAUCUUUGGACAAAUCUUAUUCAUUUAAAUAUCAAUUGCGCUCUUUCGACCAAACUAUGAAAGAAUUCAGAAAAAGAAGUCAAUGUAGUCGAACGAAUUCAGGAAACAUUUGGGCAAAUUUUAUACGUCGCACAUUCUACCAGGAUAGUCGAAAUCAAAAACCUUGUCAUAGAACCUGCAUACCGGCAUGCCAUUAAAUUAGCAGAUAACUGGUUUCGUUUAAUUCUGAGCAACUAAUAACCAGCGUCCACGAAGUGUGGACAUGCUUCGUUACCGUUACCCUUUUGCUGACCUAGACCGUGAAGGUUAAUCGUGAUCGGCCAUUCAAACGUUUCCCUUUACACCUCAGUUGACACGAACGAGGUGGACAAAGGGGACGAUAGCGCAAUCCCAUCUAGAUUUAAAGAUCAUGUCCAUAAAGUAAAUGUAAAGCAACCGACAAAUGUCACGAUUUUCAUGUAUGCACUUCAAUGCCAAAUAUUUUAUUAUCGAGGAAUUACACGAUCUUUGCCAAGGCUUCGCCAAUCGCAAGGAUAGGGGCAAACGAUCAGUUAGUAUAAAUUCAAAAGCUGGGCACUCCAUAAUUCAGUUCACUCUACGCUCUCUGUCUUCAAGCAAUUCUUCAUCGAAUCGACAUGCAAACCUCCGUAGCCUUUUCCCUUGUCGUUUUGAUGGCCUGCGUCGUCUCUGCUCAGUUCCCGGCCGGCUGGAACUACAACCCUUUUCUCUACUACCCCUACACCGCACAACAGCCUCCCGUUCAAGAGACACCUGAAGUGGCUGCUGCCCGUGCUACCCAUUUAGCGAUUCACGCUCUAGCCAAAUCGCAAGCUGUCAAGCCUACCCCCGUUUCGGUACAUUCGGCUGCCAUAUCAACUACCCCUAAUGUUUGGACCGCUAAAGCACAACAUCAAGGAGCCUCUUCGGCAACUGCAUCAAGCGCAGUUGUUACGAACGCGGGUAUACCUCAACAAGUUCAAGAGACUGCCGAAGUGGCGGCUGCUCGCCGUGCUCACAUGGCCGCUCACGCUCUUGCAGCCGCGAGGGUUGUGAAGGGAGUCCCCGCCCAGCCGCUUUCGACGGCUUUUGCGAGCCAACAACUUGCUAAUUCUGUUGCAGCCAAUACGAACGCUAUCGUUUCGAGCCUUCCUUCUUUCCUGCCGGCCGUGACUUGGGGUCCACCUCAGCCCGUUCAAGACACUCCCGAAGUUCAGGCUGCUAAAUUGGCUUUCUUCCGCGCUUUCCGAGAGGCAUUAGCUCGUUUUGGCUAACACUGACCUCUAUUAGUUAUACUGUAGCUUAACCCUUAACCAAUUGAUUAACUGUUAAUGUUCUCAUUUAAACACUAAAAUCACAUCUAAUGGAAUUUGUCUGUACAUCCACACUUUUUUUUUUGUACAAUUCAGUUGGGGUAUCUUGUUUAGAAAAAUGUCCUCGUGAAAGACAUGUUGUUUUUCGGCAACUAAGGCCUCGAAAUAAAGCAAACCGGUUAG